CUGAGGCCACCAAGGUGGAAUUCUCUAAUGCGAUGGACUUAUUCUGCCACACCGGAUCUGGCAAAGAUCACCAGUCCUCAUCGUCCACUCACCCUGAGGUGCUCCCUGAGGAAGUGGAACCUUCAAAGGAACCCUCGACUAAAGAUGGGAAAGAAGAAAGAAGGAAAGCUGUGACUACACGAAGACAUGAUGAUGGUGCUGAGGAUGGAGCUCUGCCACAUCCGUCCCCCACAAGUUCUCGUCCCCCACAAGUUCUUUUGCACCGAAAGAAAGCACAAAGACAUGAUGACGAUGGGAGUGAUGGUGAUGAUGAGAGUGAUGGUGAUGAGGAUGGAGCUCUGCCACAUCCAUCCCCCACAAGUUCUCGUGUUCAGCGCCGAAAGCAAGCACAGAGACAUGAUGAUGAGGAUGGAAACAAGCAACCCACAAACACCACAAGACAGAAGAGUGUAAAGAAAACUGCAGCUAAACGAAAGUACCAUGUUGAUGCUGCUGCUGCUGCUGAUGAUGAUGGAGAGAGGCAAAACGUCUCAUCCAGAAGACCAACUGUUAAGAGACUUAAGAAGACUGCAAAUAAAACACAACACAAUGAUGACGGUGUUCCAAAAGUGCGAACAAGGCGACGCUGGUCUUUUGAGGAGAGGACUGCAGUCCAGCGAAGGAUGGCACGGUUUGUUGCUCUCAGGAAAGUACCAGCAAAGAAUGACUGCCUGCUCUGCAUCGAGAAAGAGUCUCCAGUGCUUAGCACCAGAACAUGGAAGGAUGUUAAAUACUGUGUCUAUAACGAAAUUCUUAAAGUGGAGAAAAUGCUGGGGGUCUAUGACUCAUGUUUCUCUAGUGUUUAGAGAUUUGAUGCAGAUAUGUUCUUUAAGAUCCAGUCUGCUGGCUACAAGC